AUGCUGAAAGAGCGCUACGGCGAGCAGUACGAUGCUAGCCAGAUGACUUGGGCUUGGUGGAGAGAGAAUAUUAAGGGUCAGGCUUCGACCAUCGUUGUGGCCUGCAAGACAUGUGGCCAUCUUUCGAAAAGGACCACAUUGAAUAGUCUAAAAGGCGGGAGUGCACCUGGAUGUUUCUGCAACGGAGGCGUUCCCUGGUCGAGUCGGGAAGGGCAUGAACGUUGCCUGUUGAUGCUGAAGGAGAACUAUGGCGAGCAGUACGAUGCGAGCCAGAUGACUUGGGCUUGGUGGAGAGAGAACAUUAAGGGUCAGGCUUCGACAAUCGAUGUGACCUGCCAGACAUGUGGGCAUCGUUCGAAGAGCACCAUCUUGAACAGUCUACGAGCUGGCCAAGCACCUGGAUGUUUCUGCAACGGAGGCGUUCCCUGGUCAAGUCGGGAAGGGCAUCAACGUUGUUUGUUGAUGCUGCAGGAGCGCUAUCGCGAGCAGUACGAUGCGGACGAGAUGACGUGGGAUUGGUGGAGAGAGAACAUUAAUGAUCGGGAUUCAACAAUCGGUGUGACUUGCAGGAAAUGUGGGCAUCCUUCGAAGAGCACCAGCUUGCACAAUCUAAAAGCUGGCCAGGCACCUGGAUGUUUCUGCAACGGAGGCGUUGCUUGGUCUAGUCGGGAGGGGCAUGAACGUUGCCUGUUGAUGCUGAAGGAGAACUAUGCCGAGCAGUACGAUGCGAGCCAGAUGACUUGGGCUUGGUGGAGAGAGAACAUUAAGGGUCAGGCUUCGACAAUCGAUGUGAUCUGCCAGACAUGUGGGCAUCGUUCCAAAGGCACUUCAUUGAGCAGUCUGCAACAAGGCAACUCACCUGGAUGUCUCUGCAACAAAAAAACGGAAGCGAAGCUGGGACGGUGGUUGGUCCGGGAAUACCCGGAUUCGAUCAUUACCUCGCAGCUGCAGGGGUGUACGAAUCCAGAUACUGGACGGUCCCUGCCGUUCGAUUUUGGCUUGUACCACGAUUCCAUUUUGAUUGAGCUGGAUGGUGGCAUUGGCCACUUCGGCCGCGGGUUUAGAGGUGAUCCCGACGAUCGGGGAGUGCCGCAGAGAGACCUUCACAAGGAGUAUUGGGCGAUGCGACAAGGCAAAGUUGUAGUGCGAUUGCUGCAGACAGAUGUGUACCUAGAUUCUUGGCCCUGGGGAGAUUUUCUAACGUCUGCGAUCCAACAUGCAACUGGCUUAACCCAGCCCUGUGUACUCACGCAAGAUGCAGUGGAGUACAAGAGCGGCAUCUAUCGCAAGCUGCGAGACAUUGACGGCAGAUCGAGAGAGGAUGGCAGCUUUCAAGAAGAAGUGGCCCCGGAGCCCAGCGAGAACGACCUGCUGGUCGCCCUGCAGAAGGCUGUGGGGCGUCCUGCACCAACUCCCACUCCCGCUGAACCCGAGGUCCCAGCGCAGGCUUCGCCGCAAAGCGCCCCGAGCGCUGAAGGCAGAGGGCAGAUCAUGGGCCGACGGACGUUUCGUGCCGGCGAUCAGGCCUUCUACUGGAGUGCCACUCAUCGCUGUUGGCUCAAGACCUGCGUCCUCUCCGUCAACAGUGAUGGCGAUAAGUCAGAGACCUACAACCUGGACUGCAAGUCCAAAGUUGAGUCCUGGCAGAUGCGCACGGUGGACGAGCCGCGCGAUGGCCCGCCCGACUGUUCGGAAGGGGCCGGAGGCGGCUUUGCCGUGGGCAUGCCAGUCCAGUGCUUCAACCAGCAGAAACGCGUUUGGGAGGACGGCAUCGUCGUCCGAAGAUAUCAGCAAGACAAAAUCAUUGUCUUCGAUGUUGACUGCAAGGACUCGCUGGUGCGAAUGCUCCCAGCAAGUCGACUCCGUCUCUCGCGCUUCACCGUGGGGGACAAGGUGGAAUAUUGGUCCAUGAACGCGAAGCAACCUGGAAGCUUUCGGUGGAGCAGCGAAGCUGGAUGGUAUCGAGCCUUGAAGACACUGAAGGACGGAUAUGGCGAGCAGUACGAUGCAAGCAACAUGACCCGGGACCGAUAUGGCAAGCAGUACGAUGCGAGUCAGAUGACCUGGGCUUGGUGGAAAGCCAAUGUGAAACAUAAUGAAUCGAAAGCCGAUGUGACCUGCAAGAAAUGUGGCCAUCGCUCAAAGAGCACUUCACUUAACGAUUUGAGGAGUGGCCACGCACCUGGAUGUGUCUGCAACAGGAAGACAGAAGCGAAGCUGAGACGUUGGCUGUACGCGAAAUACCCGGAGUGGGCGAUUACUUCUCAGGUGAAGGGGUGCACGAAUGGAGACACUCAGCGGCCCCUACCGUUCGAUUUUGGCUUGUACCACGAUUCCGUUUUGAUUGAGCUGGAUGGUGAGACCGCACACUUUGGCCGCGGGUUCGGAGGGGUGGCGGUCGAUGGAGGAGAUUUUCUGACAUCAGCGAUCCAACAUGCAACAUCUUUGACCCAGCCCUGUGUACUCACACAGGAUGCCAUGCACUACGAGGGUGGCAUCUACCGCGAGCUGCGCACAGAUUUUGAUUGCAAGAGAGGUCAUUUCCUUCCGAGUGGCAUUCCCUACCUGACUUUUGGACUUGAUGAAGGACCGAGCCUCGAGAACCACGCAAAGCCUUCUGAUCUGCACUGA